AUGCAAGAAAAUCGAUUACAAAUGUUGUUUUUAUCACCAUUUUUUUGUAUACCAAUCAUGUUACUAGCAUUAAGUCAUGGUCGGUCGAGAUCAACUUAUUUUUAUGUUAAUUCAAUUGUUUCAAAAUUUGUUUUAAUAACAUCAGGAAUAAUGAUUGUUUAUUAUACAAGAAAGUUGACUAUGUCAGAAGUGAACAAUAAUCAAAAUAAAAAAUUAUUAUUAAUUGUUAAACGAUUUCUACAUCAGUGGAUUCGAUCAAUAUAUGUAUUUGAAAGAUUUCGAGUUCGAAUUUGGAGAAAACUAGAAUGUUGGUUUAGUUUAAUUAAUUCUAAUCAAUGUAUGAAAUUAUUGCCAAUAAAAUCAGCUUUUAUCUCAUCAUAUAACUGCAAUCGUCGUCAUAUGACAACAUCUGGAAAAUAUAUUCCAUUUACCAAUAAAUUGUCAAAUGUAGACGUAACGCAAACAUUUAGCGAAAUGGAUGAAAGAGAUUCAAAUUCUUUAUAUAUCGAAGAAGAAAUUAAUCCAUCAACAUCGUACGAUACUGUUAUUAAUCGUUCUUUAUCAUCACCUAUCAAAUUUUAUACAGCGGAUAGAAAAUUUUUCUCACAUAAAAAACCGGACUUUAAUAAACUAAAAAUGGUCAAUGUGAACAUGCUAUCUAUCAAUAAUAAUCUUCGAUCAGAUAGUAAUCAAUUAAUAUUUUCAAAAAAUAUGUCAACUCCUAGUGUAACAUCAGUUGAAUUUAUCUUAACACCUACUUGUUCGACGGAUAAACUUGAAGAAAUUUCCUCGAAUGAUAAUAAAAUUAUGAUAGAUACAAUUCAAUGUACAUCUAAUCUAAAUUGUCAAUAUUCAAGAAACAUUAAUAAUAAUAAAAUAUCAAUAUCUUCAUCAUUUCAUGGUCUACGCUCUAAAUCUUCUCGUUUCAUAUUAAAUAGUUUUCAUUUAAUAUCAAAACGACGAUUCGCUAAAUGGAAUCAAUAUUUAACUGACAAACGUCAUCGAUUUUUUUAA